CUCAGUUCACUUCGUCCAAUUUGACAUACGUGUUCCACAUAUAUAUAGACAUACUCAUGCUCUCCCUCUCUAUGCCACAGACACACAGACACAUGCAUACACAACACCAGCUAACCACACUCACCCCUCCACUGCCUCUCUCGCUUCUCUCGACGUGCUUGACGACAGGUCAAACAGGAAGUCAUGCACAUACCUCUCAGCCCACUCAUGGCCAAAGAAGGCCGCCAGCACCGGCUGGACCGGGUCUCGUACCGCUGAGUACUCAUCGUACCCCCGCUGCAUGGCCUCGUUCCGCUCCACAACCGACGUGCUCGAGCACGGUCUCAGAGAGCCAACCAUGUCCAAGUAGGUGGAAAGGUAUUCACAGAAGGCAGGAAAGAGCAAAGCAGCCACGUGGCUGGCAUCCUCAAAGCGGCCGUACAGCAUGCUCGAGGAGAAGUACCGCUUCUCGUCAUAGUGCCUUGCCGACAUCCGCCCGGUCAGGCCCACAUAGUUGCGAUCACGGCUUCGUCGUAGACGCUCAAAGAAUGAUCGGUAGGCGGGUGCGCUCUCCGUGUCUUGAGGGGGAGAGGUAAGCGGCUGUGCGUCGAUCACUUGCAGGUACUUGCUGUCGGACAGCUUGAUCAGGUCGACGCCCAGCAAGGGGGGAGGGAUGUCCGCCCCCAAACUAAAGGAAGGGUACCAGAGUGAGUUAAAGACCUCAAAUCCCUUAGCACCACUGUCUGCACCGACACAGGUGCCACACACGGAUGAGUCGCGCCAUGGACGAGUGUGUGGAUCGGCGUAGGUCUUUAACACUAUGCUGACCGAAAUACGUCAUCCUGAUCUUCCGAAACUGCUUGGAGCUAAAGCAAGCGCUCGAGAUGCGUACAUGCGGCCGCCUCGUACCGCUCUCCCCAUCGUCCUCCACCACCGUCUUGUCACUCUCCCUCUGCGCCAGCUCCGGCGGCAACGGGACGCCAGUGAGGCCCUCAAGUGCAGACAUCUUCUGCAGCUGCACGGCCACGAAUGCAUCAUACAAGAGCGGGCCGGACGAAGGCACCAGGGGCUCCAGUGGGAAGUGGGGCAAUGGGACAGAGGAGGGAGUGGUUGAGAGAAAGGGUGCUACCAUGGGGGCUCCGGACGGUGUCGCCGCUGCCUGUGCGGAUGGGUGUCUGCGAGGGCAGGGGGAGGCCAAGGGGUGGGAGGGGGUGAAGGCUGACACAUGGACGAUAAGCACAGCUGAAAAGACGAUGAGCUGCAGCACCGCGGCCAGCAUCAUGGUCAGCCGAUGAACAUUAGGAGGGCAGGCUCUUCGCUAUGCCAGAAGGCCGAAAGACACCCGGCACCUCAAGGAUCUGGCCCGUGAUCUGUACGGCGAAACCUCAAUCAGUCAUCUUACCUGGAGAAAAGACAGCACAGCAGAAGGACGACAGAUCUUUGUGAGCAGUGCUGAAGAAACGAUUCUUGUCUUCUCAUCCUUCCCACCAAGGGGCCCAUACGGUGGAUCUAAGGCCGUGCGUGUGAAAGCUGAUCUUGAUCUUGACGCAUUGCUGGCAGAUAGAGAUGCGGCCACAGCUGGCGAUGAAUGGGCGGACGGGUAUCUCUGUGGUCUGCACGCC